UUUCCGGUGACGUAACGCUAGCUCCCGAUGCUACACGCGGGAAACAGGCGAAGCACCGCAUCACAUUGACACUCAUCGUUUACCGCCUGUAGCCGAGAUGGGAGACACACUGGAGUUCAAUGAGAUUUACCAGGAGGUGAAAGGCUCCUGGAACGAUGGCCGUCUGCGAUUCAGCAAACAGAAUGUAGUGUAUAAAAGCAGUAAGACAGGAAAGGUGGACAGCAUCCCAGCUGGUGAACUCAACAUGGCCCAGUGGAGACGGGUGUGUUUGGGUCACGGCAUCAAACUGGGCACCAGUACAGGGCAUAUCUACAAGUAUGAUGGCUUCAGGGACACGGACUUUGAGAAGAUCUCUGAGUUUUUUAAGACUAACUACAAAGUGGAGCUGGCAGAGAAGGACAUGUGUGUGAAGGGAUGGAACUGGGGAACAGCCAAGUUUUCAGGACCACUGUUAUCCUUUGACAUCAAUGACAACACAGCGUUCGAGAUCCCUUUGUCCAACGUGUCCCAAUGCGCCACAGGGAAGAAUGAAGUCACCCUGGAGUUUCACCAGAACGAUGACACCGAGGUCUCCCUCAUGGAGGUUCGAUUCUAUGUCCCGCCCAGCCAGUCCGAUGAACGACAAGACCCUGUGGAGGCGUUUGCCCAGAAUGUUUUGUCUAAGGCUGAUGUGAUCCAGGCCACAGGAGACGCCGUUUGCAUCUUCAAAGAGCUGCAGUGUCUUACACCCAGAGGAAGAUAUGAUAUCCGCAUUUACCCGACCUUCCUUCACCUCCACGGUAAGACGUUCGACUACAAAAUUCCUUACACCACUGUCCUCCGUCUGUUCCUGCUGCCACACAAAGACCAGAGGCAGAUGUUCUUUGUGAUUAGUCUGGAUCCUCCUAUUAAACAGGGUCAGACACGUUAUCACUUCCUCAUCCUGCUUUUCUCCAAGGAGGAGGACAUCAACCUUACCCUCAACAUGAGCGAGGAAGAUGUGGAGCGACGAUUUGAGGGCAAACUCAGUAAGAACAUGUCAGGGUCUCUUUACGAGAUGGUCAGCAGGGUGAUGAAGGCUCUGGUCAACCGUAAAAUCACAGUGCCCGGAAACUUCCAGGGCCACUCUGGUGCUCAGUGCAUCACCUGCUCCUACAAAGCAUCCUCUGGCCUCCUGUAUCCUUUGGAGAGAGGAUUUAUUUAUGUGCACAAGCCCCCUGUGCACCUACGUUUUGAGGAAAUCUCCUGUGUGAACUUUGCCCGAGGCACCACCACAACUCGUUCCUUCGACUUUGAGAUCGAGACCAAGCAGGGAAACCAGUAUACCUUCAGCAGCAUCGAGCGAGAAGAGUACGGCAAACUGUUCGACUUUGUUAACGCCAAGAAGCUCAACAUAAAGAACAGAGGUUUCAAAGAGAAAAAGGGCAUGAAGGGUAAGAUCGACGAAUACAGCGACUCGGACGAUGACCAACAUGACGCUUACCUGGAGAGGAUGAAGGCUGAGGGCAAGAUCAGGGAGGAGGGCAACGACAGCGACGAUUCUGAUGGAGGAAGCGAUGAAUCAUUCAACCCUGGAGAAGAAGAUGACGAUAUCGCUGAAGAGUAUGACAGCAAUGCUUCAGCUUCAGACAGCAGCGAUGAAGGCAGUGAAAGUGAAGACGAGAGCGCAAAGAAAAAGAAAGCCAAGAAAGCCAAAGUAGUGAAAGAGAAAAAAGAAAAGAAGCCACGCAAAGAGAAGAAACAGAAGGACACUGGUGGCCCCAAGAGACCAAUGAGCGCCUACAUGCUUUGGCUCAAUUCAAGCCGUGAGCGAAUUAAGGCAGACAACCCAGGCAUCUCCAUCACAGAGAUCUCCAAGAAGGCUGGGGAGAUGUGGAGGCAGCUGGGAAAAGACGAGAAGGAGGAGUGGGAAACAAAAGCUGGAGAGGCCAAGAGGCAGUAUGACAAACUCAAGAAGGAGUACAAAGAGAGCGGUGGUGGAUCGACCUCUAGUUCUAAGAAGGAAAGCAAGAAAGGAGGUAAGAGGGAGGAGAAGAAGAGGAAGUCCACCGGUGGAGACAAGGACAGGGAGCGAGGAGGCAACGACAGCUUCAAGAGCCGAGAGUUCAUCGAGACCAGCGAGGAGAGUUCAUCAGACUCCGACCACAAGAGCAGUUCUAAGAGGAAGAAGAAGGAAUCAGAAGAUGAGGAGGAAGAGGAGGCUGUGUCCACACCCGCCAGCUCGGAGGAAGAAUCUGACUAAACACGCUCACCAUGAACAUAAGCCAAGGACCAAGCGUUUAUACUCUGUGUUGAUAUCACAUCAACGGACUGACGAACACAUCAGCAGACUGGAGUUGUAUUUUUUUUUUUUCUUCAACAUGAUUUGGUUUCAACUCACAUCUGAAGCUCAUGUAAUAUUUGAUAUAAUGAUGUACUGGUGAAGUCCCAUUGUUUUAUUGAUUUCUCCUUUCGUCCUGAAAAAGGUGGUUGUAGUUUUGUAGCUGAAGCUCAUGGAAUUUGUUAGAGGGAGAGGAACAAAUGCAAAGUGAUUCUGUUCUUUCUCUGUAGAAAACUGAAAAAAAUAACAGUUUAAUGAAUUUUGUGUUUUGUCAUGUUGUCAGGCUGAAAUAAAUCUGUUUUUAAAAA